AUGGAGUGGGCCGCCGCACAGCCUGCGCCGCGCCGCUUCCUCCUGGAAACGCACCUCGUCUUGCGCAUCUUCGAGUCCCUCCCCCCGCGCGACCUCGUGUCCUGCAUGCGUGUCAACACGGCGUUCUACACGUUCGCUGUGCGCGCGCUCCACCGGCACGUCGUGCUGAGCGAGGUCGGGCCGUGGCCGCGCUUCUGCGAUACCCCGCCCGAUCUCCCCCCGCCGAACUUGUACAGCGAGUUUGGGACUCUCGCCGCGCGCAGGGGGAGCGACGACACGGUCGCCUCUGAAACACCCACCGUCGUGCGCCGCUCCCAAGUACGCUUCGCUAGUAUGUCACUUCCUCGCGUCGCGAGCACGCCGUCGCCCCGCGUCGCUAGCGACUCUGCGCCGCGCACCUCCAACCUCUCGAUCCCUCCGCCCGUCGACCCCAUCCUCCACCGCUCCUGGCUGGCCAAGUUCGUUCGCGAACUCGACAUCUACCCGCACACGAUCGCCAAGUGCACCACGUUCCCGCCCAUGGACAAUGUCGAGCUGGUGCGCAUCCGCCUCAACCUGUACAAGUCGCGGACCGGCCACGCGUGGACGUUUCACACUGAUGCUGCCCAUGCCGGGGGAGAAACUCCGCAGCGCCAGCGCCGCCCAUCGCUUGAGGUCCUCCCAGAGUGCCGCGCGCUCGCUCAUCUGCGCCCGACCCGCGUAGUGGUCCUCGGCGCGCCAGCCAUCUACGCCGCCACACCGGUCACCUGCCUCCCGUACACCCUCCUCGCGGCGGUUGAUACCUACACGCUGGCACUCGGCCCCGACCCCGACCUCGUCACCUGCGCCCGCUCGUCCGACAUCCCGCGCUGCCGUGCACGCGCGAUCAUGGCUGACGUCCAUGCCGCUGCGAGCGCGAGGAACGUCACCGUCAUCUUCUGGACUGCGGGACCGGGUAUCCCCUGGACGGCCGGCUACCGCUCCAAGCCGAGCACCGAGUUCCGCGGGUCGUGGGUCGCACGCCUGUUCCUCGACCUGGCGGACAUGCUCCUCCACACACCGCUGAGCUGCAUCGUGACAUUUGUGAACACGGGCGCGAUCGACCUCGAAUCGGCCAACCUGUUCCAUGGCGACGAAGCGAGAGUCGAGCGGCGCGUCGAAGGCUUCUUCCGCGCCGAGAUGACGCGGUUCUGCGUCGAGAGCCUGGGGUUGGGCCAUGCUGGUGCGAUGGCGCAGGGCAACCGCUUCCACUUUGUGUUGAUGGAGGCAUACCUUGCCAGUGGCGAGUGGGCGGGGCAGUUGGACGCCGAGUCGGUGGAGAAGUGGUGGCGUGGGGCAGCCUGA